AUGGUUGACCGUCGCUCAGACUCGGAAGAUGGCGUCCGCGCAAAGCGCCAGAAGAUGGACGCUGGUGACCCCAAGGACAAUCCGUACUUGGCCCACAUGUACGAGGAUACAAACGGCGCAGACAACAACUCGGCCCUGGCCAAGUUCAAGCGCCACCAGACAACGGCAGCAAUGGCCAAGAAGGCUGAAGAUGGCGAGGUCAACCCAUUCAGUGGCAAGCCCUUUUCCACCAAAUAUCUCUCCAUCCUGAAGUCUCGUCGGGACCUUCCUGUGCACGCGCAACGCGAUGAGUUCCUGCAGCUCUACCAGCAGUCUCAAAUCCUGGUCUUUGUUGGUGAGACCGGUUCCGGAAAGACCACGCAAAUUCCGCAAUUCGUCCUGUUCGAUGACCUGCCCCAGACCCAGCGUAAAAUGGUUGCUUGUACACAGCCCCGUCGUGUGGCCGCCAUGUCCGUCGCCCAGCGUGUCGCAGAGGAAAUGGAUGUGAAGCUUGGAGAAGAAGUCGGUUACAGCAUUCGUUUCGAGGAUAAGACGAGUCCGAAGACCAUCUUGAAGUAUAUGACCGAUGGUAUGCUCUUGCGAGAGGCGAUGCACGAUCACAACCUAUCCCGCUACAGCACGAUCAUGCUUGACGAGGCUCACGAGAGAACAAUGGCCACUGAUGUCUUGAUGGGUCUGCUGAAGGAGGUUGUGCUGCGCCGGCCGGAUUUGAAGAUUAUUAUCAUGUCUGCUACUCUGGAUGCGCAAAAGUUCCAGCGGUACUUCAUGGAUGCGCCCCUUCUCGCUGUUCCCGGACGUACCCACCCUGUCGAAGUCUUCUACACCCCCGAGCCGGAGCAAGACUAUGUCGAGGCUGCUAUUCGGACCGUUCUGCAGAUCCAUGCGACGGAAGAUGAAGGAGAUAUCCUUGUUUUCUUGACUGGUGAGGAGGAGAUUGAGGAUGCGGCACGAAAAAUCGCGAUGGAGGGCGACGAAAUGGUCCGGGAGGCCGACGCCGGCCCGCUCAAGGUUUACCCGCUAUACGGUAGUCUACCACCCCAUAUGCAACAGCGCAUCUUCGAUCCCGCGCCGCCUCCUAUCCGCAAGGGUGGCCGACCCGGUCGGAAAGUCAUCAUCUCCACCAACAUUGCCGAAACCUCUCUGACCAUUGACGGUAUCGUCUAUGUGGUGGAUCCUGGAUUCUCGAAGCAGAAGAUCUACAAUCCCCGUAUCCGUGUGGAGUCUCUUCUGGUCUCUCCCAUCUCCAAGGCUUCUGCCCAACAGCGAGCUGGUCGUGCCGGUCGUACACGCCCCGGAAAGUGCUUCCGUCUGUAUACUGAGGAGGCUUUCAAGAAGGAAUUGAUUGAGCAGACAUACCCCGAGAUCCUCCGAUCAAACUUGUCAUCGACUGUGCUUGAGUUGAAGAAGCUGGGAAUUGACGAUCUUGUUCAUUUCGAUUUGAUGGAUCCUCCCGCGCCUGAGACCCUCAUGCGAGCUCUUGAGGAGCUCAACUACCUGGCUUGUUUGGAUGACGACGGCAAUCUGACCCAACUCGGUCGUCUGGCGUCGGACUUCCCUCUUGACCCUGCCCUUGCCGUGAUGCUGAUCAGCUCUCCCGAGUUCUACUGCUCCAACGAGAUUCUGUCUAUCACAGCUCUGCUGUCCGUCCCGCAGCUAUUCGUUCGCCCCAACUCUCAGCGCAAGCGUGCGGAUGAGAUGAAGAACCUGUUUGCUCACCAAGACGGCGAUCACCUUACGAUGCUGAACGUCUACCACGCUUUCAAGAGCCCUGAAGCCCAGGCCAACCCCAAGCAAUGGUGCCACGACCAUUUCCUCUCCUUGCGAUCUCUCCAGUCGGCCGAUGAUGUCCGCAGGCAACUGCUGCGGAUCAUGGAGCGCUCCGAACUUGAGAUGAUUUCCACUCCUUUCGAGGACAAGAAGUACUAUGAGAACAUCCGCCGUGCUCUCUGUGCUGGAUUCUUCAUGCAGGUUGCCAAGAAGGAGUCACAGGGCAAGAGCGUUUACACCACCAUCAAGGAUAAUCAGAACGUCUUGCUGCAUCCCUCCACUGUACUUGCCCAUGAUGCAGAGUGGGUCUUGUACAACGAGUUCGUCCUUACGACCAAGAACUACAUCCGUACCGUGACCGCAGUCAAGCCCGAAUGGCUUUUGGACAUUGCACCUACAUACUACGAGCCCUCUUCCUUCCCCAAGGGUGAUAUGCAGUCUGCCCUGCUCCGUGCCAAAGACAGACUCGCACGCAAGGAGAAGAUGCGCGCUGAAAAGCGUCGGUAG